CUAUGGAGCCAAAAUUCGUGCCCCACACGCCCUGGUGAUGACUUUCCUGUUCAAAAGUGGAAGUUUCAGAGAGAAGCUGAAGUCGAUUGCUCAGGCCACCUACACCCACUCCCGGAACUUGGCCUAUUUCGUGUUCACCUACAAGGGGCUGAUGGCAAUGCAGUCCUGGCUGCAGGGCAAGAAAAUCCCCUUUCAUUCCUUCUUUGCAGCCUGCAUUGGGGGUUGGCUGGUGUUUGGUGAGAACAAUCCCAUCAACAGCCAGAUCAUUAUGUACCUGCUGUCCCGGAUCCUGUUCGGCUUGUCUCGGCUGGCCGUGGAGAAGGGAUACAUCCCACAGCCCAAGCAGGAUCCCUUCCCACUCGUGGCUGCUCUGGUGUGGGGGACAGUUCUGUGGCUCUUUGAAUACCACAGAGAGACUCUGCAGCCCUCCCUGCAGUCCUCCAUGACUUACCUGUAUGACGACAGUGAGGUGUGGCACGACAUGUCCGACUUCCUCAUCUACAACAAAAGGACAGACAGCAAGUAG